AUGACAUCCGACGGUUCCGCCACCUGCUGCUCUUCUGAAUCCUGUGCCGCUGCUUCCAACUGUGUGUUUGCUUCCCCUUGUUCCGUGGAAACCACUCACCUCCCCAGCUCCCAGGCGGCCUCCAGAGGCCAGACCCUGAGCUUCCUGUCAGGGUCUCGCCCGGCUACAGGUUGCGUCACACCGUGCUACUUGGCUGGGAGCUGUCACAUCCCGGGCGUGGCGGGGAACGGUGCUUGGUGUGAGGAUGGGGUGUUCAACAGCAACGAGAAGGAGACGAUGCAGUUCCUGAAUGACAGACUCGCCAGCUACCUGGAGAAGGUGCGAGGCCUGGAGGAGAUGAACGCGGAGCUGGAAUGCAGGAUCCGAGAACAGUGUGAAGGGGAUGUCCCCCUGGUGUGCCCUGAUUAUCAGUCUUACUUCGACACCAUUGAGGAUCUCCAGCAAAAGAUCUUGUGCACGAAGGCAGAGAACUCUAGACUUGCUGUACAGCUUGACAACUGCAAACUGGCAGCUGACGACUUUAGGUCAAAGUACGAGUCUGAACUGUCUCUUCGCCAGCUGGUGGAGACGGACAUCAGCGGCCUGCGUGGGAUCCUGGGUGAGUUGACUCUGUGCAAAGAUGAUCUGGAGGCCCACGUGGAGUCUCUGAAGGAAGAUCUCCUUUGCCUUAAGAAAAACCACGAAGAGGAGGUCAACGUGCUUCGUGGACAGCUUGGUGACCGACUCAGCGUGGAGCUGGACACUGCCCCCACCAUCGACCUCAACAGGGUCCUGGAUGAGAUGCGCUGUCAGUAUGAAACGGUGCUCGCCAACAACCGCAGAGACGUGGAAGAAUGGUUCGCUGCUCAGACGGAGGAGCUGAAUCAGCAGCAGCUGUGCAGCGCAGAGCAGCUGCAGGACUGCCAGACAGAGAUCCUGGAACUGAAACGCACAGCCAACACUCUGGAAAUCGAACUCCAAGCACAGCAAAGCCUGACAGAAUCUCUGGAGUGCACCGUGGCAGAGACCGAGGCCCAGUACAGUGCGCAGCUGGCCCAGAUGCAGUGCCUGAUCGAUAACGUGGAGAACCAGCUGACGGAGAUCCGCUGUGACCUGGAGCGACAGAACCAGGAGUAUGAGGUGCUGCUGGACACAAAGGCCCGGCUGGAGUGCGAGAUUAGCACGUACCAGGGGCUCCUGGAGAGUGAGGACAGCAGGCUUCCCUGUAACCCGUGCUCUCCAACAAGUAUGUCAAGCAACACUUGUGAACCAUGCUCGGCGUACGUGAUUUGCACGGUCGAAAACUGCUGUAUGUGA